GGAUUUUAUUAUAUAUAUCUAGAUCUAGAGGCUAAAGAUCUAACUACUUUUAGAACUUACUAUAGCAUUUUUAAGUAUAAGAUUAUAUCUUUUAGGUUAAUAAAUAGUCCUGCCACCUUCUAUAUAUUUAUAGACUGUUUAGAUAAGUUUAUAAUAAUAUAUAUAAAUAAUCUACUUAUCUAUAGUAAAAAUAAGGCUAAAUACUAA